GUGCGUGCGUAGGCGCGGCCCAUAGCCCGCUGUGCGCGGGGCGGAUGUCCGGGCCGGCUAGGUCGGGGCGGUGGACGAGAUGGCGGAAGGUCGGGACUGUGGAGAGCGGCCGGAUGCGGAGACCCAGAAGUCCGAGGUCGGGGCUUUGAUGAGGACCACGCUCCAGCGGGGAGCGCAGUGGUAUCUUAUUGACAGCCGAUGGUUCAAGCAGUGGAAGAAGUAUGUGGGCUUUGACAGCUGGGAUAUGUACAAUGUGGGUGAACAUAACCUGUUUCCUGGCCCUAUAGACAACUCUGGACUCUUUUCAGAUCCUGAGAGUCAGACCUUGAAGGAACACUUAAUUGAUGAACUAGACUAUGUAUUGGUCCCAACUGAGGCCUGGAACAAAUUACUAAACUGGUAUGGGUGUGUAGAAGGCCAGCAGCCCAUUGUCAGAAAAGUUGUGGAGCAUGGCCUGUUUGUCAAACACUGCAAAGUCGAGGUGUAUUUGCUGGAACUGAAGCUUUGUGAGAACAGUGACCCCACGAAUGUGCUGAGUUGCCAUUUCAGCAAAGCAGACACCAUUGCGACCAUCGAGAAGGAGAUGCGAAAGCUGUUCAACAUCCCUGCGGAACGUGAAACACGGCUCUGGAACAAAUACAUGAGCAACACCUAUGAGCAGUUGAGCAAGCUAGACAACACUGUCCAGGAUGCUGGGCUAUACCAGGGUCAGGUGCUAGUCAUUGAGCCUCAAAAUGAAGAUGGCACGUGGCCCAGGCAGACCCUGCAGUCAAAAUCAAGCACUGUGCCUAGCAGAAAUUUUACUACCUCUCCAAAAUCAUCAGCAAGUCCCUAUUCCUCAGUGUCUGCCUCUCCCAUUGCAAAUGGUGAUAGCACUAACACCUCUGGGAUGCACAGUUCCGGUGUCAGCAGGGGUGGAUCUGGCUUCUCUGCUUCGUAUAAUUGUCAGGAGCCCCCAUCAUCUCAUAUACAACCUGGACUCUGUGGACUUGGAAACCUGGGGAACACCUGUUUCAUGAAUUCUGCUUUGCAGUGCCUGAGCAACACCGCACCACUGACCAACUACUUUCUCAAAGAUGAGUAUGAAGCCGAAAUCAACAGAGACAACCCUCUGGGAAUGAAGGGGGAGAUUGCAGAGGCCUAUGCAGAGCUCAUAAAGCAGAUGUGGUCUGGAAGGGAUGCUCACGUGGCACCUCGCAUGUUCAAGACCCAAGUGGGACGUUUUGCCCCUCAGUUUUCUGGCUACCAGCAGCAAGAUUCUCAGGAGCUGUUAGCCUUUCUUCUAGAUGGAUUGCAUGAAGAUCUGAACCGAGUAAAGAAGAAGCCCUACCUGGAGCUGAAGGAUGCCAAUGGGCGGCCAGAUGCGGUGGUGGCAAAGGAAGCCUGGGAGAAUCACAGGUUGAGAAAUGAUUCCGUGAUUGUGGACACUUUUCACGGCCUCUUCAAAUCUACUUUGGUUUGCCCAGAAUGUGCUAAGGUUUCUGUGACGUUUGACCCAUUUUGCUAUCUUACUCUCCCACUGCCCUUGAAGAAAGAUCGAGUUAUGGAGGUCUUCCUGGUUCCUGCCGAUCCUCACUGCAGACCUACCCAGUACCGCGUGACUGUGCCGCUGAUGGGGGCUGUGUCUGACCUGUGCGAGGCUCUCUCCAGGCUGUCUGGCAUUGCUGCAGAAAACAUGGUGGUCACAGAUGUAUAUAAUCACCGGUUCCACAAAAUUUUCCAAAUGGAUGAAGGUUUAAACCACAUCAUGCCUCGGGAUGACAUUUUCGUGUACGAGGUCUGCAGUACUUCAAUGGAUGGCUCAGAAUGUGUCACACUUCCAGUCUACUUCAGGGAGAGGAAGUCAAGGGCAUCAAGCUCUUCCUCCGGGGCAGUGCUGUAUGGGCAGCCACUGCUGGUUUCUGUCCCCAAGCACAAGCUUACCCUCGAGUCUUUGUACCAGACUGUUUGUGAUCGUAUCAGCCGCUAUAUAAAACAGCCCUUGCCUGAUGAGUCUGGCAGCUCACCCUUGGAGCCAGGGACCUGCAAUGGCUCCAGGGGUAGCUAUGAAGGAGAAGAUGAGGAAGAAAUGGAGCAUCAGGAAGAAGGUAAAGAGCAGCUUUCAGAAGCAGAAGUCAGUGGGGAAGAUGAGCCAGGAAGUGACCCCAGUGAGACCACCCAAAAAAAGGUCAAAGGCCAGCUCUGCCCAAAAAGGCUUUUUACCUUCAGUCUUGUGAACUCAUAUGGAACAGCUGACAUAAAUUCUCUUGGAACUGAUGGAAAACUACUUAAACUCAACUCUCGAUCCACACUGGCCAUCGACUGGGACAGUGAAACUCGGAGCCUUUAUUAUGAUGAGCAAGAAUCUGAGACAUACGAGAAGCAUGUGAGCAUGUUGCAGCCUCAGAAGAAGAAGAAGACCGCAGUGGCCCUGAGAGACUGCAUCGAGCUCUUCACCACCAUGGAGACCCUUGGGGAGCAUGACCCCUGGUACUGUCCCACCUGUAAGAAGCAUCAGCAGGCCACAAAGAAGUUUGACCUGUGGGCGUUGCCCAAGAUCCUGGUGGUCCACCUCAAACGUUUCUCUUACAACAGAUACUGGAGGGAUAAACUCGACACAGUUGUGGAAUUCCCAGUCAGAGGUCUGAAUAUGUCUGAGUUUGUCUGUGACCUGUCAGCAAGGCCUUAUGUGUACGACCUCAUUGCUGUGUCCAACCAUUAUGGAGCCAUGGGGGUUGGUCACUACACUGCAUACGCAAAGAACAAACUGAACGGGAAAUGGUAUUACUUUGAUGAUAGCAACGUGUCACUGGCCUCUGAGGAUCAGAUAGUGACGAAAGCAGCUUACGUGCUAUUUUACCAGCGUCGAGAUGAUGAGUCUUAUAAGAUGCCUUCACUCAGCAAUUUUCCUGGUUCCUCUGAUGGAGGGUCGAGACCAAGCAGCUCACAUCAGGGCUUGGGGGAUGACGAGGCUUGUAGCAUGGACACCAACUGACACUGACUUGGCCACCCUGCAGUACCCCUGCAGUCCCCCAGGACAUCUUUCACACUCUGAAGACUGCUAGUGUUCAGUCUAAACACCAGAUGAGGAAAUUCCCUUUUUUUAUCAGCAGAAGGAAAAAAAAAAGACCCUGUUUACUUGGAAGGGUUAUGUCAAAAGGCUGAAUUAUUUUUCUUUUUAAACAGGUGGUGAGAAAUUUCUGUAAAACCUGUGAAGCUGAAAAGUGGGGUAGGGUGGGGGUACACAGGAGUAUGUCUGAUGGAUUCCAAACAUUGGCUAGGAACGCUGAGUGUGGUGCAGCCGUGAAGUGCCCACGCAGGGCUGCCUGAGCUCCUGGAUUUCUCCUUCUGAUGUGGAUACUACUCCCCCAGUAGUCUGCCCACAGUCAACCAAGCCUCAAGUAAACUUGGUGUUGUCCCCUUC